AUCCAAAUCUGACACACACACACACCCGCAAGCACACUUACAUUUCUCUUCCCCUUUGCCUCUCUCUCUCUCUCUCUCACACACACACACACACAUAAUUCUUUCUUUCACUCUCAAUCUCCCAUGGGUUUUCCGGCCAACGGCGAGGUUGCCGGCGAUAAGCCAUACAAGUUCCUGAUCUACGGCCGUACAGGCUGGAUUGGAGGUCUGCUCGGGAAGCUCUGCCAAGCUCAGGGCGUUGACUAUGUCUACGGCACUGGUCGGCUGGAGAACCGUGCUUCACUGGAAGCCGACUUGGCCGCCGUCAAACCCACCCACGUCUUCAACGCCGCCGGAGUGACCGGACGUCCGAACGUGGAUUGGUGCGAAUCCCAUAAGGUCGAGACCAUUCGGACUAACGUGGUCGGUACCUUAACCCUCGCUGACGUUUGCAGGGAGAGAGGCUUGGUCCUCAUCAACUACGCCACCGGUUGUAUAUUCGAAUACGAUUCGGAUCACCCACUCGGGUCGGGUAUCGGGUUCAAGGAGGAGGACACGCCCAACUUCAUCGGAUCCUUCUAUUCCAAGACAAAAGCCAUGGUGGAGGAGCUGCUCAAGAAUUAUGAAAAUGUAUGUACCUUGCGUGUUAGAAUGCCCAUCUCAUCUGAUUUAUCCAACCCGCGGAAUUUUAUCACCAAGAUUACUCGGUAUGAAAAGGUCGUCAACAUUCCAAAUUCUAUGACAAUCUUGGAUGAACUCCUCCCCAUUUCCAUUGAGAUGGCGAAGAGAAAUCUCACUGGAAUAUGGAACUUCACGAACCCUGGAGUUGUCAGCCAUAAUGAGAUCUUGGAGAUGUACCGUGAUUACAUUGACCCCAACUUUUCAUGGAAAAAUUUUACCCUUGAGGAGCAGGCGAAAGUGAUAGUUGCCCCUAGGAGCAAUAACGAACUUGAUGCCACGAAAUUGAAGAAAGAAUUCCCUGAACUUUUGUCCAUCAAGGAGUCACUCAUUAAGAAUGUGUUCAAGCCGAAUCAGAAGACUGCUUGAGCUUGAAACUUGGUAGCUUUGAUCUCUUCAGUUUCAGUAUUGCUGUUUAUUGGUAUCAGUUCAUGCGGCCGAUAUGCUUUCUCCUCUACACCAGUUCUCUUUUCCAUGUGGCAUGCGUUACUACUCCUAUUUGUAUUUGAAUGUUGUAUUCGCAAUAACUUCAAACAGAAAUAAACGAGUUGGAAUUGAUUUAUCAAAAUUUUUUGUAAGUUGGUGUUGUAUGGGAUGGCAUAUAUUGUGAUCUGUUUUGUUUUUUUAUUUGUUUAUUCUAUAUAUUCUUCAGUUAAAUGUUGCUCUUAUUUAUGGCAGUUAAACAAACGGUCCAACGUAUAUUUAUUGAUUGAUAAUCUCUUAUAUAUAAAUAUAUUAUUGUUUGAUAA